CUCUUGCUUCCCUAUUACUGUUAUCGCCGAACCUUCAUGGUAACUCCCAACUUUUAUCAUUGUUUUCCUCUUUCGCAUUUAGCCAACAAAUAAUCCCCAUCAUCAUCCCAAGAUGAGCAGAAAACAGAGAACGGUCCAUCAAUUUAUCAUGCGAAGGGAGUUAAUAUAACCCAAUAAGGAUAUGUAAUUUUUUCAAUCACUACUCAUCCUCAUCCGGUGAUCCAGUCGUAUCCAUACAAUCUGAGUAUCACCGCAAGACAAAUCCAGGAUGCUGUGUCUGAAGCAGACAAUCGGAUCGCGCUACCAGACCAGGUUACAAUCUGCCAUACAGAAUUUUCCACCAAUUUGAUUCUUCAAGAAAAGUAGAUUGAGCAUCAAACCCACAAAGCAACUAUGCAAGUAAUCAUGACAAGCGCUAAUAAUCAGCUCAAAAAUCCUAAAUUCACGAUGAAGCAACAAGAACAACAACUACCCUAUUGCCACCGUGAUUGCACUUCAACUGUAAUACUAUAACAACUUAAAAGCCAGCAUGUGAGACCAAAACCUAGAAAAUCACUACAAAAUGACCAGAAAACUCAACUAAAAACACCCAAAUAUUCUUAAUUUUUACCCCAUCCUCCUCCACCGCCUAAUUCAUCCUUAAGUAGCCCGAAACAUAGGCAGACUGAUAGGGGGCCAUUUUGAUUGGCAGGUACGAGUGACUCUCUGAAUAAUUUUUUUUAAACCCAGUUUCUCGAGCUACAAGAUUGUCAGAAUAUGAAGUAAUCGGACGGAGCUUUUUUGGCGGCAACAAGCGCAGACUUUAGAUUUAACGAUUCUGGGAACGACGUUGUCUGUCGCAGGGAGUCGUUUGGCUGCUCGCCGUCGCCGGUUACCGCCUCCAUUUUUGUGUUAAAUUUUAUUUUAUUUUAUAUUUUUAUUUUUCUGAGUCAAAGUGAAAACAAAAGAAGUGGUAAAUUGUGAUUAUCUUACUGAUUUCUCCUUUUUUUUUUGUAAUAUUUGCAGGAAAUGCCACUUUUACGUGGCAGUUUGCAGGCCGCAGCUUCACCGGCCAUUUGGUUUUGGCCAACGCAAUCUAAUUCAAGAGUAUAAGAAAUUUACGGAAAAAUGUGAACUUUAAUUUCUGUUUUUAGAAAUUAAAUUAUUUUCCUGAAAAAAGUUAAUAAUUAAAAUUGGGCCAAAAGACUUAUUCGCACCCAAGGUAUCUUAACUUUUAUCCUUCAACUUAUAAAAAUUCAAAUACUUACUUAUAACUUAAAAAACUAAUAAUUUUCUUUUAAAAUUAAGUUAAAAUUAGAGAUAAAAUUACUAUUUAACAAUAAUAUUUGAAAUUUAUAUCAUUUUAAAGUUUAAGGGCAAAAGAUUUAUUUACCCCUAAGAUAUGCUGACAUUCCAAACUCAUAUUCUUCAACUUUUAAAAACUUAAACAUUUAUUUAUGAGUUGAAAAACUAAUACAUAAUUAACUAAAAUUUAGUUAAGAGUAAGGAUAAAAUCAUUAUUUAACAAUAAUAUUUAAAGUUUAUAUUAUUUUAUUCUUUUAAUAUGAAAAAUUAACAAUUUUUCUCAAAAUUAAGUUUUGAAAAGUAACAUUUUCCCCCUUACCUACGGUUUUCAAUUUCAUCGACAAAUUUUUGGCCAACAAUGGCUGAUUUCUCUCUCUUUUGGUGUUGUCUCUCUCUCCAGUGCUCAAUAUUAAACCUACGACGUUUGGAUUUGACGGAAUCCAAACAACGAGUUGAAACUUUUCGUCUGGAUCUUCGUCGUUCAGAUGAAGUAGGCUUUGUUUGGACGAGAAAGAUCCAGACGAGGUUGAUCUCCUCGUCUAGACCACCAUCGUCAUCGUCCAAAUGAAGCUGAUGAUGAAGAUUCUUCGACUUUUCGUUUGAAUUUUAUCGAAUCCAAAUAUUGUCGGUUUGAUAUUGAGCAUCGGAAGGAGAGAUUACACUGGGAGGGAGAGAGAUCAACCAUCGUUGACUGAAAAUUCAUCAACGAAAUUGGAAACCCUAGGUAGGGGGAAAGUGUCACUUUUUAAAAUUUAAUUUUAGGAAAAAUUAUUAAUUUUUUCAAAUUAAGAAAAUAAAAUGAUAUAAACUUUUAAUAUUAUUAUUAAAUAAUUAGUUCACUCUUAACUAUAACUUUAUUUUGGAGAGAAAUUAUUAAUUUUUUAAAUCAUAGAUAAAUAUUUGAGUUUUUAAAAGUUAAAAUAUGAGAAUUUGGGAUUUCACCGUACCUUAGGUGAGAAUAAGUUCUCUGGCCUUAAAGUUGUAAGAAUUUUUCUACGGAUUGAUCUCCACUUGGUGACUCAUGAAACUCAUGCGGGAAAAGUUCAGCAGCUGCAGGCCAGGCACUUGGAGUUACUCGUUGGAGGUCCAAGUGCUUGAUCUUGAUGGUGAUUAUUGUUAUUUUCUUGAGAGCUUUAAAGGGUUAGUGUUAAUUUUGGUGAUUAGGCAGAAGAAGUGGCUGUUUUAAUCUCAGAUUACGGUUGCUGAAAAUGAAGUCCAACAACGGGAGAUUGAAAUAUUUGAUGCAGCAGUUGUUAAUUAUGGAGGUUUUGUUGUCACAAUGAAAGUCCCCAUAGAUCCUGGUCGCUUUAUUUCUAUGCUCAGGUCGUCACUCUCUCACUGGGAAAACACGGUAGAAAGGGUGUUUGAAUCAAUUUGCCUGCUUAGUCAGCCAAUAUUUAAGGUAGGUGUUAGCAGACUGACUUGUGCUGAUUUCUGAAAUUUGAUUAUAUUGUUUAAGCUCUUUUUGGUUUUUUUCUAAUUGAGUUUUAAUGUGUUAUAUUAUAGGAAGGAUUUUGGUUCCACCAUAUUGAGCCAAGUUAUUUAAUGCUUGUAAACUAGAUUCCUAGAGGGGCUCAUACUUUUCCUACACCUCGCAUUUUGUGGAAGUCGGUGUUUUUGUUCUCAAUGAAGAGAAGAGAGAAGUAUUUUCCCUGCCCAGAAAGAAUCCCAAAGAGAAGUUGCAGCCAACAACGAUUAAAGUCAUUUUAUGUACAAUAUCAGGGAACAACACACUCUUGGUGCAAUAAUUUAAUUUUUGCACUUCAUUAUAGAGAGGAAGCCACUCUGCAAUGACAAAUUGCAGGGAACAAUAGACGGAAACACCAGUUCCCACACAAUGUGAGGCAUUGGCAGGAAGAGUGUGAGCCUCUUCUGGCAUCCAAUUUACAAGCAUUGAAUAACUUGGCUCAGCAUGGUGGAACCGAAUCCUUUCUGCAAUAUAGCAUAUUAAAACUCAGUUAUAAAAAACCAAAAGUGCAUAAACGGUAUAAUCAUACUUCAGAAUUCAGCAUAAGCUAGUAUGCUAACACCUAGCUUAGCUGCAGGUUUCACAAGAUUGGCCGACUUAGUAGGUUUGUAAAAUCACUAAACAGAAUACACAAUGAUCUCAUUACCAUAUCAUAGACUAAAAAACCAGUCCAGUAAUGUUACAAUGUUUAUUUUUCCUGUGAGAGAUUGAUGACUUGAGCAUAAAAACAAAGCGAUUAGGAUUCAAGGGACCCUUCAUUGUGAAUUUGUGAUUAGCAUUGAUGGGGUCUAGUAUGUUCAUUCAAUUGCCAGUGUCAUAUGUGCAGUAUAUUGUAAUUAUUAUGCAAUGGCUCCAUGGCUCCUAGCUACAAUGCAUCUUCUUGCUAGUAUCUCCUCCAACUAUCUUUUCCCCUUCUUGUAUCCAAUAGUUGGGCUACGCCAGGAAGUAGUAUUCUUCCUCCUACUUUACUCGUUCUUUUGGGGGUUAAACCCAAGACUUAAUGUCUCACAAAGUCCUUGGAGCCUUAUGCCUUUUGGCCUUGGGGUCAUUAGCUUUAUUUAUUUAUUUUUUAAAUUUAUUUAAUUUUUUAAUAAAUAAGAAAAGGUUCCUUUAGGCUGCUUUUCACUUUUCUGCUUACCUAUUUUCCUGAAUUUCGUUUCAUGGACUGCUGCAAAGUUUCACUCAAAGCUCAUCACUUAAUUUAUUUAUAACUUUUAUAAUAGUAGUUACUGAGUCUGGCACAAACAAGCUUAUGAUUAAAUUCGAUACAGUCAUUCCCUUCUUGAGGCUUUUUUUUUUUUUAAUUUUUUAAUAUCUAAUGUUUCUGUAUGAUCGUUUUUAUUAUUUGAAGUGUCCAGAAUUCAUUCCUUAAUCUGUGCUAAUUUUACUCAUUGUAUAUGGCAGUGGCAGGAAAGCAAGGCAAAUCUCAUAUACUGCAAACUUUCUAGAUUUAGUUAGUGGAUCCUCUUUGUCUCCCAUUUUGUAGAGUUGUCCCUUCUACUGUGAACUUUCUAGAUUUAGUUACUAGAUUCUUUUUGUAUCAUAUUUGCAGAUUCAUUUGUCUUGUCUUCAACUCUUCUUUUCGCUUCAUUCCUCUAAACUUUAAAGUGUGCACCUGUUUUCAAUCAUUGUUUACUGUUGUUCUGGAGUUCUCUCAGUGUUUUCAAUCAUUUAUUGAAUUUUGGUUUUGCAUAUCUCGAUGUUAGCUACUGGUAGAGCAACAAAAUAGUAAGAUACAUCAGGGGAAAUGUAUGUGGCAGGUUCCUACUGGAGUUGUUGAGGAGGUUCAUAUAUAACAGUUAGCAUUUUGUUACAGUAAAAGGACUCUGGUGUGUAUUUCUCCACUUGCUAAGCUUUAUGAUCUCCAGGGGUAAAAGAUAUCUUUGACACAGCUGAAAGAGGAGUCAAAAAGAGUGAAAAAAGCGACAUCAACAAGGCCACCAAUCAUUCCUUGAGAAGCCGGAUUUAUUCUUCACUUGCUUUAUGCAACCCAAAACAUUGGAUGCUCAAAAGCAGGAAGCUGAGCUAGACGUAGCCCAGGUUAACUAUGAAGCCUAAGAAUGUAAUUUUUCUAUAAAAGCCGUCUUGGAAACAACUUAUUCAACGCAAAGAAGAUGAGCUACAAUCGCGGCUGGUUCUUGAUCAUAGUGAUAUUGUUCUUUGUGUUCUGUCUUCAAACUUCGACGGUUAAAGAUCAGUUGAACGUUAAUGGCAACCUGUUAUAUCAGCUAUCAACGAGAGAGGAGUUGGUGCAAAUGGCAGGAUAUGGAGAGGAGAAGCUAUCAACGGUGCUGGUUAUAGGCACUCUUCUCUAUGAAGCUUGUUUGCAUGGCGAUGAUCAACUUCGUUCAUGGCCAAUAUCAGUUAUGACCGAUGAAUAUGGAGAUUUCAUGACUGAUCUUCCUCAUGCCAUUCCUCACUUGGAAAAGUCAUGUUCAGUUAAAGUUCUUCGCGUACCCAGGAACUUACUCUGCAAACCAACUUAUAUCAACAGACACACAGGAUUAACACUGUCAUCAGUUGGCAGUGGCAUUCGAACCUAUGCAACCAAAGGAAUGAGGUUCUUGCAUUUGACAUUGAAACCUUUACAAACAUGUAAGAGUAAAAGCAGUGACAAGGGGAUUGGGAUAUGGCACCAUGGCUCAUAG